AAAAAUGCCUCGGGACGUAAACAUGAGCGACUGCGUCGCGAUUGCGCAUCGUCACGCUUGAAGAUGCACUAGGAAGUGCGUUCUCGCGGGGCCUCGUCAGGAUUCACACUGUCGCGUUGGGCCGAGGACGAUCAUGAGUUGACAUCGCUCGACGGCGCAGAAAACGCCGCAUCAGCCGAAGGAUGGACGCCGCGGAGGACGCUGAGAGCGCGUUAGAUCCGCGCAUACAGAUUGAGUUGGAGAACUUGAACAAUGCAACAGAUGAUAUUAAUAAGCUGGAAACUGAAUUGGAUGAAGCUCACACUGCUUUUAGGCAGCUUCUUUCUGACACAACAAGACGGCUGAAAGAAAUUACUGAUAAGUUAGGUACUAGUUGUAUUGAGAAGGCAAGAUGUUAUUACGAAGCAUUAGAGAUGGCCCGUCAAGCUCAGGUGCAAUGUCAGCAACAGGCGCAGCUAUUUCAACGAGCCAGCGAAAUUCACGCGGCCGCGAAGGAGACGGUCGCUCUGGCCGAGGCGCGAUUCAUGUCGCACCAGCACGAGUGGAAUUUCGACCAGGCCUGGCAGGAUAUGCUCAAUCAUGCUACUAUUAAAGUGAUGGACGCGGACAAUCAAAAAGCUGAAUGCGGCCGGGAACAUCAUAGGAGAGCAAUGUUGUUUCAUGACGCUGAAAAGAAGCUGGUGCAAUUGGAAGAGAAGCAUCGACGCUCGAUAAUAAAAGCACGGCCGUAUUUCGAGGUGAAGACUCAGUGCGAUCAGAUGCUAGCAACGCAGAAGGAGAGAGUGGAGCACCUGCAGCAAACUGUCAAGGAAGCCAAACGCAACUACGCGACGAGUCUCCGGACAUUAGAGGAAAUCAGUAAUCAAAUACAUCAGCAACGAAGAGAUUAUGAUAUCGUGGUUAACGGACCGCGAGAACCUGGUGUUGGCGCCGAGCUAAUCGGUUCCGAUACAUGUCAGAAGCGUGAAAAUGAGUUCAGUGCUUCCGACAGUCGUAAAAUAUCCUCCAUUAGGUGUAAUGAAAGCAGGAACAACGAAAAACUACACAAUAUCGAAAAACCCUGUUCAAUGAAGGAAGACGCGGAGAAACUCGACAAGAGAUCUGUAGACGGUAGCGAGAGCAAGUUUACGCAAUGGGAGUUGGAGCUGCAAGCCAGCAUGGAGAAACUAAAUCGCUUAUCGCUCGAGAACCCGUUGUACGUCAAGGAGCGAGAAAACGCGCUUAGUUCUGCGAACCUACCGGACGCCGGCGAAAUGAGCGGAGAGUGUUACGAUUUCUUAUCCACUGGACAAUCGGACGCGCAAAGUUUGAGCCAACUUUCAAGAUCGACCAGGAGAAAUCCGGCACUUCUCGAAAAAGACGCAUCGGUUGACGGGCCGUCGCUCUUGCCGAGAUCGUCGUCGACGGCUGAUUCCAUGACGACACUACGCAGUCCCGCGUCGAAAGUCGUUAUGAAGAGCAAUAUCUCGAAAUCACUGAGCAGUAGCCCAGUGAACAGGAGAACGUCCAAUUUCGAGAACAGGAAGAUCACAAAGAAAGCUGCGAGCGUAGAUAUGACGAAAUACGUGCCAAACAGAAUCUCUCAGUUCGACGUCAAAGGCAGGACAACUCAGAGCAGCUGGAACAUCGGGGUUACCAACGACGUUGACACAAAUGAUGAACUAAAAAGAGAUGAUUGCGGUGAUACGAGCGAUAACUUAGUCAGUAAGAGCCGCUCGCAACUUACGAGUUUGUCUUGCACGCAAGCUACUAUUCGUAACGUCGAGUUCUUUCCCGCCAACUUGCCGCAAGGCGUCAUCCGAUAUUCUACGAACACGCAGGACGAUGCCACGUUAUUGCCAACACGAUCUAGCUGUAGUAUUCCGCAAAAGAGCGCAUCGUGCAGUGCCAACUCGAGUCCGGUGAAACUGAAGGGUUCGCUAACGUCAUCCUCCGACUCGUCGGAUAGUGAAAUAAUAACGGGUCAACGACUCGGCGAGCGGUCAGCCGUCAAGAAGUUCAUCGUCAAGACCGCCAAUGUCAAAGAGUUACCGUUAUUGUCACUCUUCGGACGAACGUCCACCUUGUCGGCGAUCAGAGGUAAGAGUUGCAGCAUGAUUGAUUUGGACAGUAAACAGAACCUGAAGACGCUGCUAGAUAAUUCCCGUCUGGGCGAUAUACAAGCGAUCAGUGCGGAAAGAUUAGCGUACGUGAGACACAAGUUGGUCAACGAUAAUGUGGGGAUAAAGACGGACAAUGUUAAGAAAUAAGUACAAGAACAAGUUAGAGAUAAGAUAAGUUAUUAUUCUUGUGAUAAACAACUCUUAUGUUUGACGCGUGUAAGUAGAGAAUUGUUAAUAUCGUUAAGAAGUUCACAUGCGCAAUGAAAGGUUGUAGCAGGGACGUCGUAAUUUAAGGAGACUACGUAUACCCGAGCGGCUUGAAAACUCCAUAAUGUUUAAAUUUUUCUGCUGACCACAUUAUUGAUUUUUUGAAGAUGUCCUUUUGAGAGAUGAUUAUUCAUACUUUUAUUUAUAUGAAGCCCAUAUAUGAAGCUCAUUACAAGAAGUUGAUAUGUUAUGAACACUUACCGCUUCCGUAAAGUUUUUGUCAUUAUUAAUUGGCAUUCUUAGCGCCUAGACGUCUCCGACACCAUUUAUCUCUGAAACAAAUAAAUCUAAAAUCUGUUAAAGUAGAUAAAUAAAACUAGUCUUUGUCGUAGCUGAUUUCUAAGAUAUUAACAUUUGACAAAGUUGUUAAUAUUUGAAGUCAAAAGUUCAAUUUUUCACCCAAAAUUUAUCUUUUGGUUUAUAAAAAAACUAUAAUAGAUAUAAAAAAAAUCAUACGGCAAAGACUGGAUAAUCAUAUUAAAAAUAUCUAUGCAAAACUACAACUAAAUCGGUUCAAUAUUUCCGAGAAAUUCCCAAGAUAUUUUGGGCGCCGAUUAGCGAUAAACGAGCUUCACGAAAACAGCGUUACAUAUAAACUUUUUGUAAUGUAAUUCCUUCAUAUAAUAUGAAAAUAAAAAUAUGAAGAAUCAUCCUUCGAAAGGACAUCUUUAUAAAGUCAAUAAUAUGGUCAGAAAAAUUCAAACAUUGGGAGUUUUUGAGCUUCUCGGAUGUAUAUAACCCCUUAAGCGACAAUUUUAAAACCUUAUACAAAAGCUGAAAUGUCAUAAGAUUGGUUUCCGCAACUAUGUUGCCAGUCAUACGCAUUGCGCGUAUAAGAUUAAGGUUGGUUAAUUAUACGUCGGUUAAUCAUUACGUAUGAUUGAUCAUAUGUAUAUUCGCAGACUAAUUAGAUAUUAAUAUCUCGUUUGUAAAUUCACUUGAUUGCGCGCAGUAAUGCGAAAAGCUCGAACUCGAUCAGUAAAAAAUUCACACAGACACGUACGGAUUAAGUGUAAAUCUACGAUCAUUUACAAUUUACGCGUUACACCUGCCAUCAAUAAUUAGCAGGCGUCGUGUCGUUUACUAUUUUCUAAUCUCUUUUAAUAUGUGCUUUUUUUAAUAAAACACGUUUCUUAACAAGUA